UGGUUUGAAGCCUCGAUGUCCCUUUGUCCCCACGGCUUCCAGCUGUGGCCCCCCAGGAACGCCGGAGGCAGGAUGGACGAACAGAAGGUGCCCAGCGAGGAGAAGGACGCAGCCGCGCCAGCCGAUGGGGUCAUGGCCUCGGAGGAGAUGGGCAGCGCCGAGGGGGACCCCCUGAAACCCCCCGAAGGAGCCUCUGCAGGGCCAGAGCCGGACACCGCGGGCACGGAGGGACCUCCCGAGGCUGCCAGCCCGCUGGGCCGCCGCUGUGCCCUCUGCAACUGUGGGGACUGGAGCCUACACGGGCAGCGGGAGCUGCAGCGCUUCGAGCCAGUGCCCGACUGGCCCGAGCGGCUGGCGGGGCACGAACCCCCUGAUGGGCCCGGCCCAGGGGCUCCCCCAGGGCCCAGCCAGCUCCCCCCAGAGCCAGAGCUGGCGGGUGACAGCCUGGCACAGAUUGGCUUCUCCGAGGGGGUGACGCCAGCGCAGCUCUUUGAGCCAACGGGGCACUGCUGGGUGCACCACUGGUGUGCGGCCUGGGCGGCCGGUGCGGGGCCGGACGUGGCCGGCGUGGCCAGAGCUGUUUUCUCAGGGAUCUCACAGAAAUGUGAACGCUGCGGGCGGGCAGGCGCCACCAUCCCCUGCCGGGCGGCCGCCGGCUGCUCCCGCCUCUACCACUUCCCCUGCGCCGCCGCCAGCGGCUGCUUCCAGUCCAUGAAGACCCUGCGGCUGCUCUGCCCCGAGCACGUGGCUGAGGCCGUGGAUAUGGAGGACGCGCGGUGCUCGGUGUGCAGCGGGCCGGGCGAGCUGCAGGACCUGGUGUUCUGCACCAGCUGCGGGCAGCACUUCCACGGGGCCUGCCUGAACAUCUCCCUGACGCCUCGCAAGCGCUCGGGCUGGCAGUGCCCCCAGUGCAAAGUGUGCCAAACCUGCAGGCAGCCCGGCCAGGACUCUGCCAUGCUGGUGUGCGAGGCGUGUGACAAGGGCUACCACAGCUCCUGCACGGAGCCAGCCACCCAGGGCCUCCCCACCGGCCCCUGGAAGUGCAAGAACUGCUGGGUCUGCUCAGACUGUGGCCAGCACCCCAGCUCCAGCUGCCAGUGGUCCCCGGGCUCGGAGGUGUGUGGGGACUGCCAGCAGCGCCGUGCCACGGCCGAUGUCCCCACGGCGCCAGAACCUUCACCACAGCCUGACCCACCUGCCCAGAUGUCAGAGUCCCCUGUCCCCAGCGACUCGACGGAUGCGCCCAUGCCCCCGCCUGAGCUGGAGCCUGUGGGGUGUGAUGAGGAGACACAGCCCCUCGUGGACCCCAAGGAGACACCCCCAGACCCCCAAGAGGCACCCCCAGACCCCAAGGAGGCUCCCCCAGGCAAUGCUGAGUGUCCUCCUGGCGAGCUGGCCUCUGUGGAGGUGCCCCCCAGUGAAGAACCCCCCGAAGAACUUCCCUCAGAUGAGCUGCCCCUCGAUCAGCCGCCCCCCGACACGCAGCCCUCUGACAUUCAGCCUCCUGAAGUGCAGCCCCCUGAGGAGCCCCUUCCUCUCCUGCUGCCCCCCGAGGAGCCCCCCUGUGAGGAGCUGCCCCUUGAGACCCCAUCCCUUGCUGAGCUGCCCCCUGACAGACCCUCCCUCGAGGAGUUGCCCCCCAGUGAACCCCCCCACAACGAGCUGCCCCUCGAUGUCCCUCCCCUUGCUGAGCUGCCCCCUGAGAAACCAGCGUUUGAAAAGUCGCCCCCCCAUGAGCUGCCCCCCCCUGAAGUACUGCCCGUUGACAAAUCACCCCCUGACGAGCUGCCCCCCAACGAGUCACCCCCCAAACCUCCUCCCCUUGAAGAGCCACCCCUCAGUGAGCCAUCCCUGGAUGAGCUGCCCCUCAACAAGCCACCCCCUGAGGAGCUGCCCCCCGAGGAGCUGCCCCCCAGUGAACCUCCCCCCAUCGAGCUGCUCCCCAAGGACCCCCUUCCUGAAGCGCUGCCCCCCGAGAAGCUGAGCCCUGAAGAGCCCCCCCUUGUUGAGUUGGCCCCUGAAGAGCCGAUCCCCAGCGAGCUGCCCCCCGAGGAGGACCUGAAACCACCAGGUCUCCUCCCCGAGGUGACAGUGGCAGAGGAGGCACCAGCCCUGGCUCCAGAGGUGCUCCCUGAGGAGGAGAUGGAGCUGGAGCCAGAGCCCUCGCUGCCCCCUGAGAUGACACCCCCACCCUCAGCUCCCCCAGCUCUCCGUGCCAUCUCGCCUGCACGGACCCCAGUGCCCUCCCCUGAUGCCAAGGAGGACGAGGUGCUCGAGCCCCCCACGCCAGCCCUGCCUGAGCCCCCUGGCAGCCCUGGCAUCGCCAUGGACACCGACCCCCCUGGCUCCCCACCGCCACCCCUGGGCUCCCCUGCUGUCACCCUGGCCCCUGCCGAGCCCCCUGAGGAUGAGGAGAUGGAGAUGGCCGGUGCUGAGGGGGAGUCCCCAGCCAGCCCCCCUGCCGAUGCCCCCCAGGGCAGCCCAGCCCCCGAGCUGGGGCCCUUCCCAAGCCUGCCUGAGGAGGAGGAAGAGGAGGAAGAAGAAGCACCGAGGCUGGAGAGGGAGGGCACCAGUGGAAGCUCCCCACCACUCAGCGAGGAGGAUGCCCUGGAAGAAGGCCGGGCUGGGGGGGAACCUGAAGUCAAGGGGUCUCCUUCGGGGUCCCCCCUGCUCCUGGAACCGGAGGAGCUGGGCCCUGAGACCCCCAUGGAGGUGUGCCCCACCAACGAGAAGCUGCUGAGCCACGGGGACGAGGGGUGCCCCGAGCCCCCCGCGCUGCGCCCACGGCCCGACAUCCUCAACGAGAUCUCCAACCUGAGCCAGGGGGACACGAGCAGCAGCUUCCCCGGCUCGGAGCCGCUGCUGGGGUCCCCAGACCCUGAGGGUGGGGGGUCUCUGUCCCCUGAGCUGGGCCCAGCCUCGGCUGAUGCCAGCCUGCAGAAGGAGGACGCCGGGUCACUGCCAAUGGGCGCUGAGACCGAUGACUCGCUGCUCUUUGAGCCAGCAGCCAAAGGGGACGGGGACAAGAGCCGGCGCCGCAGCUCCCCGGGGCGCUCCCGUGUCAAGCAGGGGCGCAGCAGCAGCUUCCCAGGGCGGAGACGCCCCCGAGGUGGCUCCCACGGGGGCCGGGGCCGAGGCCGGGCACGCCUGAAGUCGACAACCUCGUCUGUGGACACCUUAGCACUCGCCGACGUGGAGAGCUCGCCCAGCAAGGAGGAGGAUGAGGACGAUGAUGACACCAUGCAGAACACAGUCGUCCUCUUCUCCAACACUGACAAGUUUGUGCUCAUGCAGGACAUGUGCGUGGUGUGUGGCAGCUUCGGGCGUGGGGCCGAGGGGCACCUGCUCGCCUGCUCCCAGUGCUCCCAGUGCUACCACCCCUACUGUGUCAACAGCAAGAUCACCAAGGUGAUGCUGCUGAAGGGCUGGCGCUGCGUGGAGUGCAUCGUGUGCGAGGUGUGCGGCAAAGCCUCGGACCCCUCGCGCCUGCUGCUCUGCGACGACUGCGACAUCAGCUACCACACCUACUGCCUGGACCCCCCGCUGCAGACCGUGCCCAAGGGCGGCUGGAAGUGCAAGUGGUGCGUGUGCUGUGUGCAGUGUGGGGCUGCGUCUCCUGGCUUCCACUGCGAGUGGCAGAACAACUACACCCACUGUGCACCCUGUGCCAGCCUGGUUGUGUGCCCCUUCUGCCGUGAGAAAUACGUGGAGGACGAUCUGCUCAUCCAGUGCCGGCACUGUGAUCGGUGGCUGCACGCCGCGUGUGACAGCCUCUUCACUGAGGAGGAGGUGGAGCAAGCUGCAGAUGAAGGUUUUGACUGCAGUGCCUGCCAGCCCUACGUGGUCAAACCCGUGCCCGCUCCUUCUGCAGAGAUGAUCAAAGCCAAGGAUCCAGAGCCCCAGUAUUUCCGCUUCGAGGGCGUGUGGCUGACAGAGACGGGGAUGGCCGUGCUGCGCAACCUGACCCUGUCACCCCUGCACAAGCGGCGGCAGCGCAAGGGCCGCCCGGGCACCCUCAACGGGGACGGGGGGCUGGAGGGGGGCGACCCCCUGGGCCCUGAGGACAAGAAGGACGGUGACCUGGACACCGAUGAGCUGCUCAAAGCUGACGUGGGUGUGGAGCACAUGGAGUGUGAGAUCAAGCUGGAGGCUCCGGCCAGCCCUGACCGCGACGUUGGAGCUGAUGGGGACUCAGGGAAGGGGCUGGAGGACCCUGAGGAGUGCAAGAAGAGGAAGCGCAAACCAUACCGGCCUGGCAUCGGUGGGUUCAUGGUGAGGCAGCGCAAGUCCCACACGCGGCUCAAGAAGGUCUCAGCAGUGCUGCCAGACGUGGGGCGUGAGGGGCUGAGCACCGAGGGACACCCUGAGGAUGGGGCUCCUGGUGAUGUCCCAGCCGAGGCUGGCCUGGAUCCUGGCUCAGGAGAGGGGGACGAGAAGAAGAAGCGCCGGGGACGGAAGAAGAGCAAGUUGGAGGACAUGUUCCCCCCGUACCUGCAGGAGGCGUUUUUUGGGAAGGCACUGAUGGACCUGAGCCGCAAGGCGCUGCUGGCAGCAGGCGGGGUUGGGGACGGGGCCGCCCGCCCCGCCUUGGGCCAGGGUGCCCCAAGGCCCAAGGGGGACCCCAACCUCGCUGGGGCACUGCAGGGGGGCACCCCGGACAGGAGGGAGACCCCCACCCACCCCCGAGGCGACGACAGCACUGACGGCAGCGCCGCCGCUCCCGAUGACGAUGGCAAGGACGACGCCAAGGCCGAGGAGCUGGGAGCUGACGAGCCCAAGGAUUCCCCAGACCGCGGGGACACCGAAAAACCGGCCACCCCAGGCGAGGGAGCACUGAGUUCUGACCUCGACAAGAUCCCCACGGAAGAGCUGCCCAAGAUGGAGAGCAAGGACGUGCAGCAGCUCUUCAAGGACGUGCUGGGCUCAGCGGAGCGUGGGGAGCAGCCCCUCAACUGCGUGGCCGCGGGGAUGGAGGCCGGGCAGGACCCCAGCCGAGCACAGCGGCCCUUCCUGCAAGGAGACCUGCAGCUCUCGGGGCAGGGGAGCGUUUCCCUGGGCUCACUCUCCGGAUCUGUCUCCUUGGACUCGUACUCGGGGGUCUGCCAGUCCCCAUUCCUCGAUAACAGGGAGCGGAGCGGCUUCUUCAGCCCAGACCACUGCGAGCCCGAGAGCCCCUGGGCCAGCAGCUCGGCCGCCACCACCCCCUCGACCCCCACGACACCCACGACGGAGGGCGAGGGCGACGGGCUGUCCUACAACCAGCGCAGUUUGCAGCGCUGGGAGAAGGACGAGGAGCUGGGUGAGCUCUCCACCAUCUCCCCUGUCCUCUACGCCAACAUGAACUUCCCCAACCUCAAGCAGGAUUAUCCAGACUGGUCGAGCCGCUGCAAACAGAUCAUGAAGCUCUGGAGGAAAGUCCCUGCCACGGACAAAGCCCCAUAUUUGCAAAAGGCCAAAGAUAACCGGGCGGCUCAUCGCAUCAACAAGGUGCAGAAGCAGGCCGAGAGCCAGAUCAACAAGCAGACCAAAGGGGAGGGACUGCGCAAGCCCGAGAGGCCCUCGCUGCACCUGCGGAUCCCGGUGCCGCCGGGGGCACAGCCCGUCUACAUCAGCAGCCCCCCAGCCACCGGCGAGGGCUUCCUGAAGCCCCCAGCGGGUGCUGGAGGGGGACCUGAGUCUCCCAGCGAGCUCUUCCUCAAGCUCCCGCCCCAGUCCCCUGCCCAAGUGCCUUCGCACGAUCCCUACGGCGCGGCGCCCGCCUACGCGCUGGAGCCUCGCUUCCCCUCGCCCCUGGGCCAGAGCCCCACGUCGGGGGCUGCCUUCCAGCCCUUCCCUAGCCAGCCCCAGCCCCUCACAGCCCCCCGUGCUCCCCCUGACUUCCACCCCACCCCGCCUGGCACCCCUCGGCACCAACCUGGCACCCCUGACCCCUUCCUGAAGCCCCGGUGCCCCUCCUUGGACAACCUGUCGGUGCCAGGGAGUCCUGGGGCACGGCCCCCUGAGGCCCUGCUCUCUCCCCUGCCUUUUGGGGAGCAGAAGAAGGGUCUGGAGGUGAAGAAGGAGGAUGGGGGAAGCCUGGGGGUCUGCUCACCUGGCUAUGCUUCUGCCAUGGGCUACGGGGACUCCCCAGGCGGCGCCCACCUCUCGGCUGCGGAGCUGAAGGCGGCCGACGUCUUCAAAGCCCCCAUGACCCCUCGGGUCUCUCAGGUAGAGCCGCAGAGCCCGGGGCUGGGGCACCGGCCCCCCGACCCCCAUCCCCUGGCCCCCUCGCCCCCAGGCCACCCUGAUUUGUACCGUCAGUCUCCCUACCUGGACCCCUACUCGCAGCCCCCGCUGACGCCCCGGCUGCAGCCCCCCGAGGCCUGCUGCGCCCUCCCGCCCCGCUCCCUGCCCUCUGAGCCCUUCUCCCGCAUCCCCGCCAGCCCCCAGUCCCAAUCCAGCUCCCAGUCCCCCCUGACCCCCCGCCCUCUCUCCAACGAAGCCUUCUGCCAGUCCCCAGUCACCCCUCGCUUCCAAUCGCCGGAUCCCUACUCCCAGCCGCCCUCCCGGCCGCAGUCCCGGGAUCCCUUCACCCCUCUGCACAAACCCCCCCGCCCACAGCUGCCGGAGCCGGGGUUCAAAUCAGUGGGGGCAGCUGGCGGAGGUUUUGGGGGCACCCCAGCAGGUGACCCCCACGCCAAGGCAGCAGCAGGGCCACAGCCGCCCUUUGCCCGCUCGCCCGGCGCCAGCGUUUUCCCGGGCAGCCAGCCCCCCAUGCGCUUCACCUUCCCCCCGGCCGUCUCAGAGCCACUCAAGGGCUCCCCAUCCCACCAGCCCCACGGGAUCAACAGCCAUUACGGCUCUGGGAAGCCCCAGAGCUCGGCCUACGCCUCGUCCCCCAGCUUCCACCAGGCCAGCAGCCCGCUGGGCCCUGGCACCGCCGCCCCCGACUCCUACAGCCUCUCGCCCCUGCGGCCGCCAUCGGUGCUGCCACCGCAGCCCCCGGCUCCCCCGCAGCAGCAGGACCCUUCUGGAACCUUCCUGCCCCGCGCUGCGCUGGGACUGACGGCCGACAAGAGGGAGGAGGUGGCUGCAGGGCUCUCAGCACCCCCAAACCGGGAGCUGGCGGAGCUGCCUGGUGCCCAGGAUGGGGCGCUGGGCACCAUGAGCCAGUCGGAGCUGGAGAAGCAGCGGCAGGACAAGGCUCUCCUCGGGACUCUGGCCACGGCAGCAGGCGCAGGGAAGCUGCCCGGCUCCGUCAUGGUGCAGGCAGCCUUCACGCAGGACGAGCGGCUCUCCCGGCCCCCGCCGGCGGCCACGCCGGCCAUGCUGGACAUCAGCGGGCGGGCGGCGGUGGGGCCCCCCCAGGCCUUCUACCCCCGUGGGGUGUUCCCAUCACCAUCCCCACAGCAGCAGCAGCAGCACCUGUGGCAGCAGCAGCAACAGCAACAAGCAGCAGUGGCGGCCUUGAGGCUCCCUGUCACCUCCCGCUUCGCCCCCCCGGCCGCUGGCACCCCCAUGGGCACCCUGGGCACCCGCCUGCCCACCCCUGCCGAGGCCGUGCCCCCCUCGCCAGCUGCUCUGGGCGCUCCCUUCAUCGAGCUCCGACACAACGUGCAGAAAGGACCUGGGGGUGUCGUGGGAUCUCCCUUUGCCCCCCAGGCGCCCCGGCCUCGAUUCUUCCUGCCCGGGGAGGAGGGCACCCCCCAGGCCCUGUGCACCCCAGUGAUGCCCAUGCAGGCGCUGCCAUCCCAGAAGGUUCCAGCACCGCUGCCACCCGCGUCCCCACAGGGAGCCGAGAUGGGCAACAGCCACCAGCAGCCCCACGCCAAGGUGGCACCUCCACUGCCAGCGCCCACCCUGGAGCUGCAGCAGCACAUCCCUCCACGCCCCCUGUCCUCCGGUGCCAGCCUGCGCCCCGAGGGUGCCAAGGAUGGCCCCGCUCCAGAGCCUGCGCCCACCCCUGGGAAAAGCCACCUGAGCCUGGAGGGGGCACGGCUGCCCUGCGAGGUGCCCGUGGAGCCUGACCUGGAUGACGACUUUGGCUCCCACAAGGACUUGGAAGAUGAUGAUGAUUUGGCCAACCUUAGCCUGGAUCCAGAUGUGGCCAAAGGGGACGAUGACCUGGACAACUUGGACAGCCUGGAGACAGCAGACCCCCACCUGGAUGACCUGCUGAACGGGGAUGAGUUCGACCUGCUGGCCUACACCGACCCCGAGCUGGACACUGGGGACAAGAAGGACAUCUUCAACGAGCACCUGCGCCUCGUGGAGUCGGCCAACGAGAAGGCAGAGCGGGAGGCCCAGCUCAAGACAGAACCACCAGCGCCCACCUUGAAGCUCCCUGACACUGGGGACAGCAAAGAUGUGACCCCAUCUGCGGAGGAUCAGGAGGUGCCCAAGGAAGGAUUGGUGUCUGGGAUGGGCUUGGGACUCUCUGCCUGCCCCACGGGCACUGUGCUGGCCCCUGACCCGACUUUCAAGGCGCAGGGUGCAGAGGCAAAGCCCGGCUCGCUGCCCACUGAUGUCAAGCCCAAGCUGGAGGAAGGCUGCCUGAAGACCUCGCCCUGCCAGUUCACCACCGCUGGUCCCCCCAUCAAGUCAGAAGCACUGCAGGGCACAGAUAAAAUCUCUGCCUCGCUGGGGCUGAGUGUCAAACCUGGCCAGACCCUCCUGAGCUCCAGCACCGGCCCCACUCGCCUUGGCAUGACUCAGUUCUCCAACAGUGGCCACGCCGGUGUCCCCGUGCUGGAGAAGGACCCCUACACCGGCCCUGGCCGUGGGCUGGCAACUGCCCAGCUGGGUGGCCAGAGCAACCCCUUGCUGGAGAAGUUCGAGCUGGACAGUGGAGCUUUGGGGCUGGGCAGUGCCCGACACUCGCCAGCAGAUGACCUGGACAAGAUGGAGAGCUCGUUGGUGGCCAGCGAGCUGCCCCUGCUCAUCGAGGACCUCCUGGAGCACGAGAAGAAGGAGCUGCAGAAGAAGCAGCAGAUGUCAGCCCACCUGCCCCGUGGCACCCCGCACCUCCAAGCCCCGGGGCACCCCAUGCUGCACACAGGGGCAUCUGGGCAGCCUCCCGAGGGGCAGCCACCCCGUCUGGGCACCCCUCAGACUCCCCUCCAGCUGGGGCUGGUGGCCCGGCCACCUCUGCUGCCACCGCAGCCCCCCCGGCUCAACGCACCCCAGCAGGGCCCGGCUCUGGCCCCCCACAUGGGCAUGGGCUCUGGGCAGCCCCACGUGCUGUCGUCCCCCCACGGGGUGCAGGUGGCCCUGGGGCAGCCCCAGCAGAGCCAGCAGCAGGUGCUGGUGCAGAAGCCGAUGGGCGGGGUGCAGCCCCCCAGCCUGGGCCUGAAGCCCCCCCAGCUCGUCAUGCAGCAGCAGUUGGCCAACAGCUUCUUCCCAGACACAGACCUGGACAAGUUUGCAGCUGAGGACAUCAUGGACCCCAUUGCCAAGGCCAAGAUGGUGGCACUGAAGGGCAUCAAGAAGGUGAUGGCUCAGGGCAGCAUUGGGGUGGCCCCAGGCAUGAACAGGCAACAGGUUUCCCUGCUGGCCCAGCGGCUCUCGGGGGGCCCGGCUGUCUCUGAGAUGCAGAACCACUUACUGGCAGGGACUGGCCAGGAGCGGAGUGGCACAGACCCGACCCAGGCUCGCCCCAACCCACCCACCUUUGCACAGGGUGUCAUCAACGAGGCUGACCAGCGCCAGUACGAGGAGUGGCUGUUCCACACGCAGCAGCUGCUGCAGAUGCAGCUGAAGGUGCUGGAGGAGCAGAUCGGGGCGCACCGCAAGUCCCGCAAGGCGCUCUGUGCCAAGCAGCGCACGGCCAAGAAAGCCGGCAGGGAGUUCCCCGAGGCCGAUGCUGAGAAGCUGAAGCUGGUGACAGAGCAGCAGAGCAAGAUCCAGAAGCAGCUGGACCAGGUGCGAAAGCAGCAGAAGGAGCACACCAACCUCAUGGCUGAAUACCGCAACAAGCAGCAGCAGCACCAGCACCAGGCCUCAGCAGUGAUGGCCCUGAGCCCCUCGCAGAGCCCUCGCCUCAUGUCCAAGCUCCCAGGACAGCUCCUGUCAGCCCACGGCGUGCAGCAGCCCGGGGGAGCCCUGGUGGGAGCACAGGGCCUGGGGCAGCAGCCAGGGCAGCCUGGGGGGCUGCGCCUGCCCCAGGGCGGCGUGUCCAUGGCCGUGCAGCAGGGUCUGUCCUUCAUGGGGCAGCAGCCUGUAGGGAAUGCCCCCGGACCUGGAUCCUCUGGCGCGUUUUUCAGCGGGAACCCGGCGCUGCGCGGGCUGGCGGCUGACAGCCGGCUGAUGCAGGAGCGGCAGCUGCAGAGGAUGCAGCUGGCACAGAAGCUGCAGCAGCAGAACAUGCUGGGCCAGGUGUCGCUGCAGCAGCAGGCAGGUGUGAUGGGACAGACGUCAAUGCAACAGCCGGGUGUGAUGGGACAGGUGUCGCUGCAGCAGCCGGGUGUGAUGGGACAGGCGGCCAUGCAGCAGCAGGGCGUGAUGGGACAAGCAUCAAUGCAGCAGCCGGGUGUGAUGGGACAGGCAGCCAUGCAGCAAUCAGGUGUGAUGGGACAGGCAGCCAUGCAGCAAUCAGGUGUGAUGGGACAGACGUCGCUGCAGCCAUCAGGUGUCAUGGCACAAGCGUCGAUGCAGCAGCAGGGCGUGAUGGGUCAAAGCUCCAUGCAGCAGCCAGGUGUGAUGGGACAGGCAUCGCUGCAGCAGCCAGGUGUGAUGGCACAGGCGUCCAUGCAGCAGCCCGGCGUGAUGGGACAGACAUCGAUGCAGCAACAGGGUGUGAUGGGUCAGGCGUCCAUGCAACAGCCAGGUUUGAUAGGACAGGGCUCGAUGCAGCCACAGAGCAUCAUGGCACAGACGUCCAUGCAGCAAUCAGGUGUGAUGGGACAAACUUCAAUGCAACAGGCAGGUGUGCUGGCCCAGACAUCGCUGCAGCAGCCAGGCAUGAUGGGCCAGGCAUCCAUGCAGCAGCCAGGUGUGCUGGGCCAGGCCCCAGUGCAGCCAACAGCCGUGCCGGGCCAGCCUGGCCUGCUGGGCCAGCAGCAGCAGCAGCCCCCAGCCCCACAGCCCGGCGCAGGGGCUCAGCCCAUGGUGCCGAAGCAGCCGGGGCUGUUGGGCAGCCAGCAGAGCCUCCUGGUGCAGCAGCUCUCACCCCAGCAGCAGCCAGGCGUGCUGGGCCACGGGCCAGGGCUGCAGCACCAGCCUGGCGUGCUGGGCCACCCCCCAGCCCAGCGCCAGGUCGUCCUGGCCCCCCACCAGCAGCGGGUGCUGGGCUCGCCCCAGCUGGCGCCGCAGACUCCGGGGAUGCUGAGCCACCGGCUCGUGCUAUCCCAGCAGCUGGGGCAGUCUCGGGCACUGCUGGCUCCACAGCAGCAGCAGCAGCAGAACUCAGCAGCGGCUGCCCAGCCAGCUCUCCUGGGGCUGGGCCAGGGGCAGCCCUCCUCCAUGCAGCACUUUCCGCAGCACGGGGCGGGGGGCCAGGCCCCCUCUGUGCUGCACCUGAGUCAGGGAAUGCAGCCGGCCCCGGCGGUCCUGGCUGCCAAGGAGCAGCCCGCGGGCAUGGACGGCAGCGCCCUGCACGCUGAGGGCGGGGAGAGCGGGGGGCAGCUGCACGGGGAGCAGCAGGGAGCCCUGAACCCCCCGGGGCUGGGGGAGCCCCAGGCCCCCAAGCACCAGGCUGAGCUAGGGCAGGGCCAGCAGCUCCUCUUGAGCUCCCCACAGCCGGGUGUUAUGCGGGCAGCCCCCGGGCAGCCAGGGGCCCUGCUGGCCCCAUCGCUGCAGAGCCCUGGGGCCGUGCACCCCGAGCUGUCCCAGCAGCACGGGGACACGGCUGGGGUGGCAGAACAAGCCCUGGGCUGUGGGACAGGCCCAGCACAGGCCAUGGUGCCGGCACCGCGGCCCCCAGAGCAGCCAGGCAAGGGGGUGGCAGGGGCCCUGCCAGGGCAGCCACAGCCCCCGCGGCUCCAGAGCCCCGUUCAGCACAAAGUAGGGCCAGCGUCGGGCACUGCCACUCUCCCCCCAGGUCUCCUGGGGCAGGUGCCAGGGCCGGUGAUGGGGCAGAUCCGGGCGCAGCUCCAGGGUGUCCUGGCCAAGAACCCGCAGCUGCGGCACCUGACGCCGCAGCAGCAGCAGCAGCUCCAGGCCCUCCUGGUGCAGCGGCACCAGCAGAGCCUGCUGCAGCAGAACCAGGCGCUACGGACCCCCGGCCCCUUCCCCGGGCAGGCCCCGGAUUACAGCUUGCAGGCUACCCGCCAGCCCCCUCGUCCCAUGGGGUCCCUUUUCCAGCCCCGGGCAGAUGCCCCAGCGGAGGCACAGAGCGGCUCUGCCAGCGAGGCGGGGCGGGCACUGCCAGGGCAGCCUCCCCAGCAGCCCCUGGCUGAGCUGGUUCAGGCAGCUCUGGCUGCCCGUGGCCCCCAGCCCGGCCUCAUCCGCCUCCCCACGCCACCAGCCCCCUCACCCCUGGGCUGUGCCCCCCAGCACCUGGCCAGCCCCGAGCAGAGCCCCCAAGAGCCAAAGAAGACAUCACCGGGGGUCCCGGCCUUGGCCCCCAGCCCUGCAGCACCCACGGAGCCAGGGCUGGCUCCCACGCCAAGCGGGGCCCUCCCUGACCCAGCACACGGCCCCUGGGAUGCCGAGGCACCUGGGGCGGACCCAGCUGACCCUGCUGAGACCCGCAUCAACGGGGCUGUGCCAGAGGGGGCUCCUGCGGCAGGUGAAGCCCCCCAGGUGUUGGUGAAGCAGGAGCCCAAGGAAGAGGCGGCGGCAGUGGCACAGUGUGAGGUGGAUGGAGAUGAGACAGCAAAACCAGAGGCCAAUGGGGACCCUGGGGACAGCCAAGCCAACAGCCUGCUGGCCCAGGGUGGGCGCUCCGAGGCUGGGCACCUGCUGCUGCAGAAGCUGCUGCGCGCCAAGAACGUGCAGCUCUCAGCUCAGAGCCCAGGCGAGCUCAACGGGCACAUGGAGAACCGGAGCGCUGGGACAGAAGCACGGCCACAGUCGCUGCUGCUGGGCCGGGAGGACCCCUCCAUUGCCAGGAAGCCAGCGCCCACCAAGCCGAAGCGGGUGCAGAAAGGCAACGAGCGGAUGCCGGCGUCCCGCAAGAAGCUGCGCAAGGAUGAGGGGCUGCGUCCUGGCGAGGCCCUCAUGAAGCAGCUGAAGCAGGAGCUGUCGCUGCUGCCCCUGACCGAGCCGACCAUCAUGGCCAACUUCAGCCUCUUCGCGCCCUUCGGCAGCAGCCCCAUCAACGGGAAGAGCCAGCUGAGGGGCGCCUUCGGCAGCGCUGUGCUGGACAGCGUCCCUGACUACUACUCCCAGCUGCUCACCAAGAACAACCUCAGCAACCCACCCACGCCACCCUCCUCGCUGCCCCCCACACCCCCUCCCUCCGUGCAGCAGAAGAUGGUGAACGGUGUCACGGCCCCUGAAGAGCUGGGGGAGCAGCCCAAGGAUGCCGACCCAGCCCGUGAGCCCCACGGCCAGAAAGAUGCACCAGCUGUGGAGGUGAAGAGCCUGGACCUGCUGGCAGCACUGCCCACCCCUCCACACAACCAGACCGAGGAUGUCAGGAUGGAGAGCGACGACGAGAGCGACUCCCCCGACAGCAUCGUCCCUGCUUCAUCCCCCGAGAGUGUCCUGGGCGAGGAGCUGCUCCGCUUCCCCCUGCUCAGCGAGGCCAAGCCAGAGCUGGAGGAGCGUGUGCUGUCCCCCAUCAUCCCCAUCAUCCCCCGGGCCAGCAUCCCAGUGUUCCCCGACACAAAACCCUACGAGGUCGCAGAGCCCUUUGGGGCUCCUCCAGGCAAGGUGGGGGCAGCAGGCCCUGGAGCCCCAUGGGAGAAGGGCAAGAGCAGCGAGGUGUCCGUCAUGCUGACGGUGUCUGCAGCGGCUGCCAAGAACCUCAAUGGGGUGAUGGUGGCCAUGGCUGAGCUGCUGAGCAUGAAGAUCCCCAGCUCCUACGAGGUGCUGUUCCCCGACGGCCCUGUGCGAGCAGCUGUGGUGGAGGCCAAGAAGGUGGAGACUGAUAUGGCCGGAAUGCUCGGAGGGAAGGAGAAGGCUCUGGCUGGGAAGGUGCCGGACAGCAGCUCGGAGUGGCUGAAGCAGUUUGAUGCAGUGCUGCCAGGGUACAGCCUCAAGGGCGAGCUGGACCUCCUGACGCUGCUCAGACAGGAGAGCCCUGCUCCUGAGAAGACCCUUCACCACUGCUACGUCAACAACGUCUCCAACCUGGACGUGCGGCAGCUCUCUGUCCUGCCCCAGGAACCCUCGCCCCCGCUGUCCCCCUCCGUCCCCUCCCCAUCCAGCCCCGCUGAGCCCACCAGGGUCCCCGACCCCGAGGCGUCCCACGAGGCAGCCCCAGCCCCGUUGUCACCACUGCCAGCGGCCCCCUCGCCAGCCCCCCAGGAGGAAGGAGCCACGGCCGUCCACUCCCCUCCCCGUUUCAAGCCGCGCUCGCGGCCUCUGGAGGACGGGGACGAGGCGAGGCCGCGGCUGAAGAAGUGGAAGGGGGUGCGCUGGAAACGGCUGCGCUUCCUCGUCACCAUUCAGAAAGGGGGAGCCAAGCGCGACGGGGACAAGGAGAUCGCCGAGUUCAUCGACAAGCUGGGCACCACGCUGCGCCCCGAGAAGGUGCCGCAGGACAUGCGCAAGUGCUGCUUCUGUCACGAGGAGGGCGACGGCGCCACGGACGGGCCGGCCCGCCUGCUCAACCUUGACCUCGACCUCUGGGUCCACCUGAACUGCGCCCUGUGGUCCACGGAGGUGUACGAGACUCAGGGAGGGGCCCUGAUCAACGUGGAGGUGGCUCUGCACCGCGGGCUGCUCACCAAGUGCUCCCUGUGCCAGAAAACCGGCGCCACCAACAGCUGCAACCGCAUCCGCUGCCCCAGCGUGUACCACUUCGCCUGCGCCAUCCGCGCCAAGUGCAUGUUCUUCAAGGACAAGACCAUGCUGUGCCCCCUGCACAAGCUGAAGGGGCCCUGCGAGCAGGAGCUCAGCAGCUUCACCGUGUUCCGCCGCGUCUACAUCGAGCGGGACGAGGUGAAGCAGAUCGCCAGCAUCAUCCAGCGCGGCGAGCGGCUCCACAUGUUCCGCGUGGGCGGCUUGGUCUUCCACGCCAUCGGGCAGCUGCUGCCCCACCAGAUGGCCGAUUUCCACAGCGUCACAGCGCUCUACCCCGUGGGCUACGAGGCCACGCGCAUCUACUGGAGCCUGCGGACCAACAACCGCCGCUGCUGCUACCGCUGCACCAUCUGCGAGAACAACGGGCGCCCCGAGUUCGUUGUGCAGGUCAUCGAGCAGGGCUUGGAGGAUCUUGUCUUCUCUGACUCCUCGCCACAAGCUGUGUGGAACCGGAUCAUCGAGCCAGUGGCGAUGAUGAGGAAGGAGGCCGACAUGCUGCGACUCUUCCCCGAGUACCUGAAGGGCGAGGAGCUCUUCGGCCUCACGGUGCACGCGGUGCUGCGCAUCGCCGAGUCGCUGCCGGGUGUGGAGAGCUGCCAGAAUUACCUGUUCCGCUAUGGGCGCCAUCCUCUGAUGGAGCUGCCCUUGAUGAUCAAUCCCACUGGCUGUGCCCGCUCCGAGCCCAAGAUCCUCACCCACUACAAGCGGCCCCACACCCUGAACAGCACAAGCAUGUCCAAGGCCUACCAGAGCACGUUCACGGGCGAGACCAACACGCCCUACAGCAAACAGUUUGUGCACUCCAAGUCCUCCCAGUACCGGCGCCUGAAGACGGAGUGGAAGAACAACGUGUACCUGGCACGGUCCCGCAUCCAGGGGCUGGGGCUCUACGCGGCCAAGGACAUCGAGAAGCACACGAUGGUCAUCGAGUACAUCGGCACCAUCAUCCGCAACGAGGUGGCCAACAGGCGGGAGAAGAUCUAUGAGGAGCAGAACCGCGGCAUUUACAUGUUCCGCAUCAACAACGAGCACGUCAUUGACGCCACGCUGACGGGGGGCCCGGCCAGGUACAUCAACCACUCGUGUGCCCCGAACUGCGUGGCCGAAGUCGUGACCUUCGACAAGGAGGACAAGAUCAUCAUCAUCUCCAGCCGGCGCAUCCCCAAGGGGGAGGAGCUCACCUACGACUACCAGUUCGACUUCGAGGACGAUCAGCACAAGAUCCCCUGCCACUGUGGAGCUUGGAAUUGCAGGAAGUGGAUGAACUAACUGGGAAAAAAGGGGGCUGGGGGCUGCCACCCCCGCCUCAGAGACCUGGCCGAGCCCCCCAGGGCUGCAGGAGGUGCCAGGGGCGGCCGGGCACGGAGGGAGAGCGGCGGCUGCAGCGCUGCCGGCCCUGCCCGAGCGGGACGGACGGACAGACAGAUGAACUGGCAACUCAGGGUUUUCUUUGCUUCGUCCUGCGAGGAGGAAAAAAAAGGAGUGGGGGGGCUCAGAAACGCCCCCUUCACCACCACCCCCUGCCUGCCUCCCUCAUGGGAGAGCCGCGGAUGGGGAAACAGCGCCGGGCCCAGCGUGGCCGGAGCGAUUGUGCGGAGCCGGUCUGGAUAUAACGAUUAUUUUAUUUUAUUUUAUUUUAUUUUUUUGAUUUUUCUUUUUUUUGUUUUUGUCCUUUUUUUUUUUUUUUAGAAACUAAUAAUAUUUGCUCGCUAAUUACCAAGGUAACACAGACUCCUUGAGCUCGACAAUCCGGGCUCUGCCCUGCCCAGCGUGGUGGCGGCCAGAGCUCGCUCUCGGUUCCUUUUUGAUCUCUUUUUUUUUGUUUUGUUUUGUUUUGUUUUUGUUUGUGCGUGUGGACGAGAACCCCGGAGCGGCGGCGGGAUGCAGCCAAGACCCCGACAGACACAAGGAGCUUCUGCACCCAAACCUACCUCAUUUUAAGUGUUAGAUUUGUUUCUUUUUAUUUGUUGUUGUUUUUAAAUGUGAGCCCCCUCCCCUCCAUCCCAACCUGCCUCCCAAAGUUUUGGGGGGGGGGGUGUCUUUCCCUCUCCCUCAGUGAUUGUGGCUUCCUCGUGUCCCCCUCCUCCAGGACACCUUGAAGGGGGGACAUGGGGACACCCCCUCCUUGUCCCCCCCCCUUAAGGAGGUCCCAGCCGUGUGACGUGCCAAGGUGUGAGGUGGGGAUGGGGGAGAGGGUGAGGGGGGGGUCAAACCCACUCCCCCAGCUCUGGUGGGGGGGCUGGAGGGGCUGGGUGGGGACCCCUCCUCCCCACACGUGGCUGGGAGGGGUUGGAUGGAGCCCCCCCCCCCCCUUGCUCACCCUUGGCCCUCCCAGCUGGGGCUGCACUGGGGAGGGGGGGGAAGGUU